UCAUAUGUUGUUACUAGGGCUGUAUAGCUAAACGUUUUAUUUAUGGGAGCAGAACUAUUAAGUGCCAGUUGGAACUAAGACGUGAUCUCCCCUGUCCCUUCUUUUGCUUAAAACUGAAUCAUAUUGACAAAUGUUUUCGGCCCGUUUAAGUAAUGUGACGUUCUCAUGAAAUACAACGGUGAACAUUGCAAAAAUCGUGUUAUUUUCGUUAAUUGUUCCAAUGGGUGAACUAGUGAACGGAGUCAGCAUGUGCCAGCCCUGAUGGCUGCUUUGUUGAACUAGUUCCAGUUCCGGAGCUAGUGAACCAAUAGCAAACGGAACAAAACAAAAACAUCUGUAGAUUAUAGGUUAAUUUGUUUUAUAAUAACAAAUGCGGGAAUUAUUCAAUUAAGAUGAGCAAUCUGCUGAAUUUUGCCCUGCGGCAGGGCGUCAACUCCAUCAAGCGCCUUAGCCUCCAGAGUUUCAGACUGGCAGCUCCGGCCAUUGUAACAAAAACGCCGGUUACUUCCACGAUAAAGAGAUUCUCCUCCCAAGCCGCCCCCUUCGAUGUGAACACCAGUGUCCCCAAGGACAUAAUACUUUUCAAGUAUGAAAACCCCCGAUUCUACCAGAUGCUUAACUUUUUCGGGGUGUGUCAGUUUGUUUUCUGGACAUAUCUCUCGCACUUCGCCUUCACGACGCUUAAGGAUGCUCCAGUGGUGGAAAAACCCGGAGAGGAGCUGAAGUGGUUCCAGCGCAUAAAUCUGGGCGAUAAUAAGUACAGAAAUGGCAUUACAGCCUGUAGCUUUCUGAUAGGAUAUGGCAUACUGUUUGCUGUCUGGAUGUUUACCCUGCGAUCGGUGCGUUUUCUUAUCUUGAGAAAGGGUGGUCAGAGCGUUUCCUUUGUGACCUACGGUCCCUUCAACCGGAAUCGCAUUAUGACCGUGCCAUUAAAGUGCGUCUCCGCCGAGGAAUCACGGAACAUGGCCAGGGUGCAGCUACCCAUUAAGGUGAAGGGCAAGACACUGUAUUACGUCCUGGAUAUGCGUGGCGAGUUUCGGAAUGGCGAGUUAUUCGAUUACACGGCGGGCCUCAAGCGUCGCAUUUAAAGGGCAAGUUUUGUUGUUUUGUAGCUUAUUAUUUGUAAAUAAAGAUGUACACUAAUUAAAACUAAAAUGCGGCUUAGUAAAUGGGCUCCGGCUUCUGGGUGAGCAGCAGUCC